AUGCCGAAGUUCUUUCGCGGUCAUGGGUUCCUACUAUGCAUUGAUGGCGACGAGAUCAAAGCCACGAGUAACGAUAAGAGUUAUGGAGCCACUAUUAAUGGCACAACAAAAAAUCACAUCCUGAAAUACUUGGGCAUGCCGAGAGAAGAGCUCGAUCUCACAAUUGAGGAAGCUGACGACCGUAAAAUGCUAUUUUCUUUUGCAAAAUCGUUUGAGGGAAUGCGAAUAGAUGUUUGCGUGGUUGAGCUUUCGGAAAUCAGUAGUAUUAAUGUUUUUGAGUGGGCUGUUGAAAUGGCAGACUUCUUAAGCUCUCUGCAAACGACAAAUGGAGACCUGGAAAACAAGAUAUCCCAUCAAGAGAAACUACUUGACCAAAUGAUUGAGGCAAAAGAAAAGUACGAAGAGGAAAUGCUUGAGCGGGUAUGUGCGGUUUUAGAUGCUCGCCAUGGCGGUCAUGCAACCAUGCUCGACAUCCUCGAGCACCGCCGUCACGAGCAGGAGGUCUUGUCCAAAGACCAACCUAUGCAUGUAGAUGUGAAGUUGGAAGAAAUUGCAUCGCCUGAACUCGAAAAAGUUAAAGUUGAGCCAGUAUCACCUGAGCUUGACGAGCCACUCUCAAGUGCCAGCACUAGCACUGGAACGACAGAUAGCGACGCAGAAACUACACAGGAUGAAAAUAGUUAA